GACUCUUAGUUCGUGGCCUCGAAGCCUUUAUACUUUAGCAUCCACUGGCCCGAGAUCACUCCGAAAACAUUUCCCCACAGGCUACUUGCAAGACGAUGACACCAGCAAGUGCGCCUAAGGUGCUAGACGGCAGCGUGCUCGAGGGCGGUGGUCAACUCCUGCGCAACUCCAUGACACUCGCUGCGCUCACCGGCAAACCCAUAUCGAUCAAUAACAUCAGAGGCAGACGAAAUCCUCCAGGGCUCAGGAAUCAGCAUGCAGCAGGUCUUCGGUUGGUCGCAGACAUAGCAUCGGGUGUGCUCGAGGGAGCUCGGAACGGGUCUUCUGAAAUUGACUUCAUACCGCGGGACAUACAGCUCGGCGAUUAUCUUGCCGAUCCGGGUACUGCUGGCUCCACCACUCUUCUGCUCCAAGUCUCUCUGCCCUGUCUGAUCUUUGCUCCAAUGUCUGGCAUUGGACCCAACGGAUCGAAGCCUUCUACCCUGACUCUCCGAGGCGGGACAAACGCCAGCCACGCCCCGCCGAUCGACUACACGCAGCACGUCUUCCUUCCUUUCAUCGGUCGGCACUUUGGUCUCUCGCCCGAUAUCAACGUUCGCAAGCGAGGGUACUAUCCCAAAGGCGGCGGAGAAGUCGUCGUCACCGUUCCCGCCGUGACCGGCCCGCUCCCCGCCGUGACACUGACCACCCGCGGGGCCGUACGGCAGGUCCGAGGUCGCGCGUACGUCGCGGGGGUUUUACCCAUUCUUGUGGCGAACAAGAUGCGGGAUGCUGCCACAGCUGCGUUGCUCAAGCAUCCCGGUAUCAGUCCGGAGAUGAUCGAGAUCGAAUGCGUCAAGGAAAAUGAGGCGGAUGCGGUGGGUACGGGGAGCGGGAUCGUGCUGUGGUGCGAGACGACGGAGGGCUGCGUUCUGGGCGGGAGCGCGCUCGGCGCUAAGAGCGUGAACGCUAAAAAGGUCGGCGAGAGCGCCGCUGCCGAGCUGGUGCGAAACCUGGAGCAUGGCGGAUGUGUGGACGAGUAUCUGCAGGAUCAGAUCGUCAUCUUCAUGGCGCUUGCGGAAGGUGUCUCGACCGUUUCCGCUGGACCGCUGACAAUGCACACCCGCACAGCAAUAUGGGUCGCAGAGCAGUUGACAGAGGCCAAGUUCGAGGUGAACGAGUCUGAUCCAGCCAAGACGACCAUCAAGUGCAUCGGAAUCGGCUACCGGUCGCCGACAUCGGGGCAAAUGUCGUAGUUUACAUUGUCGUGUCAUGCAGCGAGAUGCGCGUGCACCGCAGUAAUAUAUGAUGAUACAUCAUAACAGUCGUGCUCUCCUACUCGCAUCCAACGCCUUCGUCCGUUUCCAGGUAUCGACAGUGAGCUCCGGCUCGUUCGACGAGAGUGCAUACAGCUUUGCCAGCGUCAUUCGCUGUAUCAGGUCUUCGCUCGUCACUUUGUCCUGAGCGCACGGCUGCGCCUGACGUUCGGCCACGAAGUCGGCCUGAAUGUGCUCCGACGUGCCUUCGCUCACGCCGAUGCGCGGCGCUCCUUUCGCGCCCACCACCAGGGCGCGGAAGGCGGCGAGCUUCUCGGGGGACGGGAGUGUAACGGACGAAGCGGGUUUGUAGAGGUCGGCGCCAUUCUUGAGGUCAAGUGGAAGGACGAGGUCCGUCUGGAAGAAGGCGCUUUUCGAGCCUUCCGCGAGGAUGAUGAAGGAGAUGUCGGUAGGGAAGGAGAAGGAGCUGUAGGGGAACU